AUGGACAACAGCAAGAAUACUGAUAGUUGUAAUAAGCAGAAAAACAGGCUCUGGUUCCGUGGAUUGAGGCUCACCAUUUCGUGGCAGAUCCUCAACGGCUCGGUUCGGUGGAGUGUGGAGUGACCGUCGUGUUGGCAGGUGUGUGCCAAUCUUUCAAAAGCAAAGCGCAGGGCAGCAUGACUAACUGACCGGUUGGACUGUAACAUCACAGGGGAUUCGAAGCGAUACCUUCCCGUUAUUUUCAAGUCGUCGCCUGCACAAAUCGUCGACGCUUGCGUCAUGGAAUGCUGACUUCUGGGGGGAUCUCUCUGUAAGUAGUAGUCCUUGCCUGACUUUUAGACCCUAUACUAACAGCGGCACGGUGCGAGCGCAGACCAACAUGCGUCUUCUGGCCGCUGCAGACCGCAUGACCGAAACGGAAUGGGCAAACGCACAGGGCUUUGCAGAUUGGCUCUUAGGAGUUGGAGACGGCUCGGCGAACAAAACAGAACAUUCUAUCGCGCUCCCACGUGAGCUUCUCCUGGCGGCGACCACGAGGAACAGCUCCGGGUUGAUCAGACACGUUUAUCCCGGCCCCGCGCUCGAACUGGACAAUAUGUCGAUAGGUGAAAAAGUCGAAUACUUCCGACAUCGAGCAAUUCUGGCGCCCAAAGAUUCGCAGGUGGAUCAGAUCAACGACAUGGUGCUCGCAACGAAGACGAAUCACUGUUCUCGAUCGAGUACCUUCAGAGUCUCAACAUUGCCGGGAUGGCGUUGCACGCUGCAAAAUUCAAAGUGGAAACUUGGACCCCGCCGCGGGGCUGCGCAACGGCACAAGACUGUUGUCGACUCGGUUACACACCCGCUUGCUCGAGGCCAUCAUUCUCACAGGAGAUCAUGCUGGACAGCCAGUUUUGUUGCCACGGAUCACGCUGAAGACAGGGUCAUCAGCUGAGCUUCCUUCCGUUCACUCUGCAUCGGACGCAGUUUCCGAUUCGGCUGGCAAUGGCUAUGACGUUCAACAAGUUGCAAGGGCAGUCACUCGCGCAGGUAGGAGUGUGUCUGGAGACGCCCGUCUUUUCUCACGGCCAGUUGUACGUCGCGUUGUCCCGAGCAACGAAUGUGGACGGUGUCAGAGUUUUGCUUCAUCAGACUGAGAACGGAGAGGCGGAUAAUGUAACAGAAAACAUAGUUUUUAGAAUGGUUCUUGAGUUGAUGAAAUGA